GCAAGCAGUUAGCAGUGUCAAACACGUGCCCCUCGAUCACUCUUCUGGAACUCAACUUAUGACCAACCCUAGAUAGCCCUCCUCCAUUUAUAACCACUUCCACUACGCUUGAUAAGAUCACCAAUCAAUUAUUCAUUUCUCAUCCAUCUCUCUCUACCUUUCCUUCUCCGAUGGCUUCCACCACCACCAAAGAAAUCGCCGCAGAGAUCCCCAAUCUCAUCAAGCACUACAAAGAUGGCACAGUCGAACGCCUCUUCGGCUCUCCACACGUUCCCCCAUCUCUUAACGACCCCGAUACUGGUGUCUCCUCCAAAGACAUCACCAUCUCACACAAUCCCUUAGUCUCUGCUCGCCUCUACCUCCCUCAAAACCAAACCAAAAAGCUUCCCAUCUUGCUCUACUUCCACGGCGGCGGUUUCUGCCUCGAGUCCGCCUUCUCCUCCCUCGACCACCGCUACCUCAACCGCCUGGUCUCGGAAGCUCAAGUCAUUGCUGUCUCAGUCGAGUACAGGCUCUCCCCAGAAAGCCCUCUUCCUGCUGCUUAUGAAGAUUGCUGGGCCGCUCUUCAGUGGGUUGCUUCUCACUCACUCAAUGAAGAUGAUACUUCUCACAAAGAGCCGUGGCUAGCCGAUUUCGGCGACUUCGAUAGAGUUUACAUUGGUGGAGACAGUGCUGGAGGGAACCUUGCACAUAACAUAGCUAUGAGAGCAGGGAUUGACAGCUUACCUGGUCGGGUGAAGAUUUUGGGGGCUAUUCUGUCCCACCCGUACUUUUGGGGGUCCAAGCCAAUCGGGUCGGAGCCUAAAGGUGAAGACAAUGACAAGUCCCUGCCUUAUCUGGUUUGGAACUUUGCUUAUCCUUCUGCUGAUGGAGGCAUUGACAAUCCGUUGAUUAAUCCGAUGGUUUCGGGUGCUCCGAGUUUGGCCGGGCUUGGGUGCUCUAGGCUUCUUGUGUGUGUUGCUGGCAAGGAUGAGCUGAGGGAUCGAAGCGUCUGGUAUUAUGAUUUGGUGAAGGAAAGUGGAUGGAAAGGAGAAGUGGAGCUGUUUGAAGUGGAAGGAGAGGAGCAUUGCUUUCAUAUCUUGUAUGAGAAAGAGACAGAGAAUGUAAAGAAAAUGAUCAAACGGUUAGCUGAUUUUCUAUCUUUAAUUUCUCCUCCAAUGGCUUCCACCACCAAAGAAAUAGCUUCAGAGAUCCCCAAUAUCAUCAAGCAUUACAAAGAUGGCACAGUCGAACGCUUCUUCGGUUUUCCGUACGUCCCCCCAUCUCUUAACGACCCCCAAACCGGUGUCUCCUCCAAAGACAUCACCAUCUCACACAACCCUUUAGUCUCUGCUCGCCUCUACCUCCCUCGAAACAAAUCUCAAAAACUUCCCAUCUUGGUUUACUUCCACUGCGGCGGCUUUUGCUUAGAAUCGGCCUUCUCGUCCAUCCACCACCGCUACCUCAACCGCCUGGUCUCCGAAGCUCAAGUUCUCGCCGUCUCAGUCGAGUAUAGGCUCGCCCCGGAAAGCCCACUUCCUGCUGCUUAUGAAGAUUGUUGGACCGCUCUUCAAUGGGUUGCUUCUCACUCAAUCCAUCAAGAUGGUACUUCUCACAAAGAGCCCUGGGUAGUCGAUUUCGGGGACUUUGAUAGGCUUUACAUUGGUGGAGAUAGUGCUGGUGGAAAUCUUGCACAUAACAUUGCUAUGAAGGCAGGGGCUGAGAGCUUGAAUGGCGGUGUGAAAAUUUUGGGGGCUAUUGUGUCGCACUCGUAUUUCUGGGGAUCCAAGCCAAUCGGGUCGGAGCCUAAAGGAGAAGACAUUGAGAAGUCUCCGCAGUGUCUGUGUUGGAAUAUUGUUUACCCUGGUGCUGAUGGAGGCAUUGACAAUCCAUUGAUUAAUCCGAUGGUUUCGGGUGCUCCGAGUUUGGCCGGGCUUGGGUGCUCUAGAUUGCUUGUUUGUGUUGCAGGCAAGGAUGAGCUGAGGGAUCGAAGUGUCUGGUAUUAUGAUUUGGUGAAGGAAAGUGGGUGGAAAGGAGAAGCGGAGUUGUUAUUUGAAGUGGAAGAAGAGGGGCAUUGCUUCCAUAUCUUGUAUGAGAAAGAGACCGAGAAUGUUGCAAAAAUGAUCAAACGCUUGGCUGCUUUUCUUGUCUAGUAGAUUAUGUUCAUUUGCAUGCUAGUUUUUGGUCAUGUGUUAGUCCGAGAGCAAGAUUGUCACGCCCCGAAUUUUGAAUAAUAAAUUCAAAUCCGAAA